AAUCAACGCCUCCAUCCGCUCCUGUAAGGAAAUCAGGGCUGGUAGUGGGCGCUGCUCGAUUCUCCUGAUUUGCAGAGCACGCCGUGUUAAAUGUGAGCAGCAGCGAGUGGGUGGAGCUUCAGCGGCGGAGAGCGAAACGGCUCCAUCACCACAGAAAGGCUGCACUGUGCUGCUGCUACAGGAAUCAUCAUGUCUUACCGCUCCCAGCCACGAGACUUCAGCAACCUCAUUCAAACAUGCAGCUCCAACAUCCAGAAAAUCACCCAGAAUACUGGCCAAAUCAAAGCCAUGCUGUUCCAGCUUGGCAGCAGACCAGACACACCUGAACUUCAGGACAGACUUCAGCAGAUGCAGCAUUAUACAAACCAGUUAGCCAAAGAGACCAACAAGCACUUGAAAGAACUGGGUUCUCUACCUCCACCUCAGUCUCCAUCAGAGCAGCGGCAACAGAGGAUCCAGAAGGACCGGCUGAUGAAUGACUUCUCAGCAGCACUCAACAACUUCCAGGUGGUACAGCGUCGAGCAGCCGAGAGGGAGAGAGAAUCAGUGGCCAGGGCCAGGGCAGGCACCCGCCUUCUGGUUGAUGAUGGUAGUCAUGAUGAACAGCUUGUGACAUUUGAUAAAAAUGAAGACUCAAGGCAGAGUCAAAGUCUGGCAGAAGAGGAGCCUGUCACAGAAGAUGACCUGGAGCUGAUCAAGGAGAGGGAAACCAACAUCAGACAGCUGGAGUCUGAUAUCAUGGAUGUGAACCAGAUCUUUAAGGACUUGGCUGUUAUGAUUCAUGACCAGGGUGAUAUGAUAGACAGCAUAGAGGCAAAUGUGGAGAGUGCUGAGGUGCAUGUGGAGCGUGGAGCUGAACAACUCCAGCGUGCUGCAUACUACCAGAGAAAAUCACGCAAGAGAAUGUGUAUCCUGGCUCUGGUGCUGUCCUUGGUGGUGACCAUUUUUGCCAUAAUUAUUUGGCAAGCUAUCAAAUAAGGUGAUAGCACACAAUUGAUUUGGUGCACUUUAUGUUAUUUGGUGGUGAGUGGAUAGAGAAUGGCUGACUGGUGAGCAUCUGUGUGUGUGUGUGUGUGUGUGUGUGUGUGUGCGCAUGUAAUGUGUGUGCUAAAUCUACUGUUAAGCAAAGACUGAAAUUUUCCUCUUAUUGCCUAGAUCAAGUCUAGUUUAAUGAUCAAUGUAUAACAGAAAAUGAACUAAAUCUUCAAAGAAUCUUGCAUGUCUACCACCCCUUUUUACAGGUUAACAUGAUAAUGCAAGUGUUGUCCAGUUCCCAGAUAUUAGGCAACGUAAUAGUAGGUGGCGAAACCUAUUACUUGUGCGAGUGGGUGAGUGUGUUUACAGUACAGUCUGUAAAUUAACAGACAGUGACAUGAUUUUUGUAGUUUGGGCUCUGUAUUCAACUUUACUUAAAUGACCCAGUUGCUGUAAGGUGAAAGUUCAGAGUGUCGACUUUAAUUGAAGGGUAUUUUCAUCUGUACUAGGUAUACAUAUGGGAACCACAGCUCAUUCUAGGAACUAUAAGUAACCGUUGGUGUACCUUGUGUCAUUGCCAGCACGAUCAUGCAUUAUUAGUUGCACAAGAAUCUAAUAAAGAAGCUAAUAAAACGUUUAAAGUUGAUUUCAGAUUGACAUUUGAAUCUUGAUAAAUAAAUUAGAGGUACAGCCAAAAAGGUAGGUGCAACUGUUUGGUACACAAACAUGUUCUUACUGUUAAGGACGGACCAAAAUACACAAGAGAAUGACAGAAGGAUAGGUGAAGAAAAACUUUUGGAAAGAUCAGGAACACACUUCAUGAUGUACCCACAGAUGAGGGUUUACAACAACAUUUUUGUUCACAGAAGUUUUGCUAAAAAUUAUGUAGUGGCACUGGCAUUCAUUGCUCAUGCUAGCCAGCUCAAUGAUCUGUACUGACAUUUACAGAAGCAGCAUAACUGUUCAGAUGCACCCAAAUACCUCAAAUUUCAGAGAAUGGCACUUCACCUUGCAGUCAGAUAAUAACCCAAAGCAUGCCAUUAAAACAGAGUCACCUAGGUGUUCAGGGACAAUGAGUGGAAUAUUUUUGACUGGGCAGAUCUAGUGUCUAAUUUCUAGUGUUUCUUAACCCUGCUCCUAGGGGACCCAUUUUUCUGUACAUGUUCUCAGCACACCUGGUCUAGGUUGUCAGCUGAUCAUCAACUCCUUAUUAAGCUGUAUCUGAGUUAUUGAGACAGGUAAUAGUUAAAACAUAUCAGCACUCAAUGAAUGCAAUUCACUUAUCUAAAGCAUCCACAUCAAGCAAGAAUAAUUGCACUUUGAGACUGACAGAGCAUCACCAGGGAAGAUACAUGCCUACUUGCCUCCUACAGCAGUGCCAGUCUUUAUGCCCUCUCAGAAAAUAGGUACUAAACUGUCAGUGUGGUGGUACCGUCAAGGGUACAUCUUUUGUAAUUUCAGGGAACAUUAUUGUACCAUAAUCCAUUGUACUUAUAUUUUUAAGUUGUAUUGACUCCACAUACCCUGUCUUGUCAUCAGAGAAAUAUUAUUUAAGGUGCACAAUUGGACCUAAAUACAGCUGAUGUAUCUGUGCAUUUUUAAUGUUAAUACAUUUAUACUUACAGCGCAGGGAGAUAUUUAAGUUUACUGUCUUGUUCUGAUCUACUUUGGAAACAAAAUCCUGUUUGGUGUAGAAUUUUUGGGGGCAGGCUGUUUGAAAAUAUUUCCCAGUAGCUGGCUAAUGCAGAAGGCAGACAACUAACAUUUACUACUAGGCAGCCAAAUAUGUCUAUAUUUAUUAGCCUCUACACCAUUAAUUACUAAUUGCUUUAGGGGGAUUCAGUGUUUGUGUACUGUAUGCUGGGUAUCAUAGUGUAGUGUAUGCUGGGAAUUGCAGUGAGAAAACACUGAUGGGUGAAAACACAGAAAGGGUACCAAAUCACUGAAGACAACAUAUUUAUUUUUAGGCAGUAAUGCCCCUUGACAGCAGUCCUAGAAUGCAAAGUAUUCACAGCCUUUUAAAUGCAACAAUGUAAUUAAAAAUAAUGUUAAUUUGUCCACUUAUGCAUGAUCUGUUGAGGUAGUGGGACUGAUUCCUGUAUGUAAAUGUACAUACCCUUAUUAAAAUAAAUCCAUUAUUCUACACUUUUACCUUAGAGUCGCCAUCAAAUCCAAAGUGUUGGAUCCAGUGUAACAGAGUACAGAGCCAAAACAUACAAAAAAAUUGUCAUUGCCCAGAUGUUAAUGUAAAUGUUAAUUGCACUAAUGAAGGUAUUGCACAUAUUGUACAUGUACUUGCUAAUACUUACUUUUUUUCCCCCCCCUGUAAUCACAAUAAUGCAUAUUUAUAAAAAGUGUAUUCAACUGUGGCACAAUGUUAGGUCUUUUUUAAGUGGUAUGGUAACCUUAAAGAAAGUUCAGAAUCAUUCAACCAAAUGUUUGACAUGUCAUAUGGCAAACUAGUAGUCAUCUAAUGUUAAUAUAUAGUGUUUUUCCCCCUCUCUCCCCUCUUGCUCAUGUUGAGGUUGACCAGUGUAUUUUCAUUGUAGCGAUGUGAGAUUAUAUACUGCAACUCCUUGAGACUCAGCAGGAGGAAAUUUGCUAUCAAAACAUUUCAUUUUAUAGUGAUACUUGAAUUGUUAGAAUAUACCCUUGUUGUCUAUAUAUGCUAUAAAUGAAAGUUGUCACUAUACAGUUUUUUAAGUGAUCUAUUUAUUUAUGUGGCUUUAAAAUUAUGUUAAUGCUUGCUUUUAUUAAUUUUAGUGAUGCUGUUGUGUAAACAGAAGCUCUAUGUUUGACUUAAGUUUUCACUUAAUAUCAGAAUGUAUUUCCUAAAUGCCUCAAAUAAAUUUGAUUUGAUUGAAGUUUUAGAUAGUAGAUGUCUGUGGCAUGACCACCAGUUCUGUAGGUUAGCCAAGAUUAAAAGCCUGCUUUGUGCAUAACUCAUUUGGCAACAGACUUCAGAGAUCUGCUACUGUGCUGACUAAAUGGCAAAAUAAUAACAAUGAUGAUGACAAUAAUCCCAAAAUAAAUGUAGUAUGUUAAGUAAAGUUGGUAAGUAGUCUAUGAGAAAAUAAAUCCACUACCUUUUACACUGACUGUCAUUUGUAGCAUACACAUCCUAUUGGUUGUUAUAAUUAAGAUAGCUGUUGUUCUGAAAUACUCAAUGUUUUUAUAUUGACCACUGGGUGGCACUCGAUGUGCAUAAAUAAAGAGAGGUUCUGUUAUUACUAGUCCAGUAUUUACAUAAAAUGUAAAUAAGCGCAGGAAUCCUCAAGGUAUCAACCAUAGGCAUUGCUGACCUUAGUUAAAAUUAAUUGUGGUUUUGUCUGGGACACUGGGACUGAGGGAGUCUAUUUAGUUCAUUUCUCCAUGGAAGAUCUUUCUUGCAGGUGUCCUUGACUUUGUAUGGCAACAAUUCACACAAUUCCCAUAUGACUCUGUUUUAAUUUAAUCUCUUUGGUCAUGGAAGCUUAACUAUGGCAAAAAAGGCUUCAGAUAAAUUUUUGUUUAUGUAUUUCUUUGUAGGCACUACUUUAGUUGUAUUGUCUUGCUAUAAAUGCACUCAAAACGAUAACAAGGGCAAUCAUCAAUUUUUCACUAAACUCACUAAAGGCAGAGCAAGAACUGCCACAGACAUCUCUCCCGAGUAUUGAACCCAUAACGGUUCCAAAUGAGUGCACUUAAUAUGACUUAAAACCUAAUAUGGCAUUAAAUGUGCUUAUUAUCUGAUGAUAGUUUUUGAGGCUGGCUUUCCGAUAUGCUUUGUUUAUGUUCCGUGAUUGUAAAUUAAUUCAAACAGACUUUUUAGGUGUGAAAUAUAUAAACAAUAUGAAUGUUGUUAAGCAAUGUAGUUUCUUUUCCAAUUUCUGUAAGUAGAUGAUGUGAUGGAAUCUCAUUGUUGCUUUAAGUGGACUCUGACUGGUCUGGAAUUUCACACAUGGAAAAUGCUACUGUCUUUAGCAUUUUAAGGUAUAUUCAAGGCUAUUUGGCUUAUUUUGAAACAUUUCUCCUCUAUUAAAGGGAAAGCUUCA